AUGAAGCCUCAUACUUACCAGUUCCUCGUCGGCGUCUUCGCCUCGAUGGGCUCGGUGCUCUUCGGCUACGAUCUCGGUGUCAUCGCGGGUGUAGUAGGGAGUACUUCGUACGCCGAACUAUUCCAAUCAAACUCAGCUCAAGACGGAGCCGUCGUCUCUCUAUUCACAGGCGGUGCCUUUUUCGGUGCCAUGUUCGCGGGGCCGGCUGGUGAUAUGCUCGGCCGGAGACUGACGAUCAUGCUGGGUGCUAUUAUAUUCCUUCUCGGCGGGGCGAUCCAGACUGCCGCGCAGACGAUACACUACUUAUAUGGUGGACGAGCGAUUGCUGGCUUGGGCGUUGGGUUCUUGACUAUGAUUAUUCGCGAAAUAGCACACCCUUCCAUCCGCGGCCGCGUCACGGGCUUACAACAAUUCAUGCUGGGCAUCGGCGCCUUCCUCGCCGGCUGGAUCUCCUGGGGUUGCUUCAUCAACCUGAGCAACGACGCGCAAUGGCGUAUCCCGCUCGGCAUCCAGAACCUGCCCGCCUUGGUCCUAGCCGCGCUCAUUCUUCUAUUCCCCGAGAGUCCGCGCUGGCUCAUCGACCACGACCGCACCGAGGAGGGCCUGCGCACGCUGGCCAAGCUCCACUCCAACGGCGAUAUAAACGACCCCUGGGUCCAGGCGGAGUUCGCUCAGAUCCAGGAGACGAUUAGCUUUGAGCACGAGCACGAGGCGAAGAGCUAUAUGGAGCUUUUUACGAAUCCCUCCGCGUUCCGCCGCCUCUUCCUCGCCUGCGCUAUCCAGGGCGCGACGCAGAUGACAGGCGUAUCCGCGAUCCAGUAUUUCUCCGUCACCAUCUUCGCGCAGAUCGGCAUAUCCGCCGACGACGCGCUCAAGUACCAGGCCAUCAACAGCAUCCUCGCACUCAUCGCGCAAGCAUUUUGUAUGCUACUCAUUGACAAGUUCGGCCGUCGACCAACUAUAAUCACCGGAAACAUCAUCAACUGCCUGAUGUUCAUCAUCGCUACUAUAUUAAUCUCCAAGUUCCCGCCGGACACGAAUUCUAGCGGUACUGCUGGUUGGGGGUUUAUUAUUGUUACCUGGCUCUACAACAUCUCCUUCUCCUUCGCCUGCGGCCCGCUCUCCUGGAUCAUCCCCGCCGAGAUCUUCGACACGCACACGCGCUCCAAGGGCGUAUCCCUCGCAACCAUGGUAAGCUUCGCCUUCAACACGCUUAUCGGGCAAAUCACCAAGGUAGCCAUCGAUUCGGUCAGCUGGAGGUACUUCAUCCUGUUCGCGGUGUGUAACGCCACCAACGCGCUGUUUUUCUGGCUCGUGCUUCCCGAGACCAAGCGCGUACCCCUCGAACAGAUGAGCACCGUGGUCUUUGCCCCGGACGCCCCCUGGAUCGUCCUCGGAAAGCGGUCCAAGACAUUCCGCGCCGCCGCCGAGGCUGCGGCCGUCGAUGUGAAGGAGGUUGAGUUGAAGGGUAAGGUUUGA